AUGGCGUCCAAAGGACCCAUGGAAGCAACACAAAAAAUGAAGAACCUUCGACGUCGACUUGAUCAACUUGGCUACAAGGAAGCCUUGGCAAUCGAGUCAUUGCCAUUGGUUGAGCGUCUGUUUGUAGACCUUGUGAAAACCAUUGAAGAUCUGCGCAAAUCAAAGGUAGACAAAGGGAAGAAAGAUGAUGGAGGAGAGGAUAAUUCUGCUGCUGAAUGUUAUAAGAAUGAUAAUGCUAAAUUAGUCAAAGAGAAUCUGGCUUUAAACCAAAAGCUAAUUAAACAAAAAGAAGAGUACGAUGUUCUUGUGAAUGAACUCAGAUCUUCCAUGCGAAAUUCUGAACAUACUUUAGCAGAUUUAAAAUUCCUGAACAACCAAUACAUGCAAAAGAUUAAAUCUCAUGAAAAAGAAUCCAAAGAAAAAUCUGAUCGAAUUCAACAACUGCAAGAAAAGAAUUUCCAUGCUGUGGUCCAGACACCAGGAGGAAGAAAGAAGAAUAUUCCUUUCCGUCGUCAGCGUAUGGAGAUUGAGUGCCUAAUUCCACCUGGAGAACCUGACCUACCUCCUGCUGCUGAUCUUCCAGACCCUUAUGUAGCUGAUCUUCUUGAGACUGCAGACAAAAGAGUUGCUGAAAUGGAAACUCUUCUUAAAGAAAUGACUGAAAAAAAUGAAGUAAAUGAAAUGAAAUUAGAAAAUUUCCGUCAACAGGUAUCUGCCAGGGAUGAAGAAAUAGAAAGACUGGGCAGGAUGUUGAGUGGAGGUCGACCUUCAGACACUUUGGCCCUUGAGGUCAAAAAUAGAGCAAAUGAAAAAAUGAUUUCUCACCUGAAUAUCCAGGUGGAUAUUCUCCAACAACAAAACCGGUCAAUGCAGCUGCGUCUGCAGGAGUGCACGGUAAAGAAGGAAGAAUUGCAAGAUGAAGUAAUCAAGCUGAAUGUCAAAAAUGCUGACCUAGAACGUCAAUUGAAGAGUGUUGAUCGUAAAGCUAAACUUUUGCAGAGUGACAAAGAUUUUGUGGUGCAAACAGCCGAUACUGAAAUGAAUGUUGCUAAGAAUGAAUUGUAUAAGUCUCGUCAACACCUUGAAGAAAUGGAUAAUACUGUAUCCCGUCUCAAAUCUGAGAAGGAAGAUUUGCUGCAGGAUCUAAAGGAACUGAAGAACAAGGCAACAUCUUUCAAGAGGCUGGAAGCUCUGCUGGACAAAGUUCAGGAAGAGAAACGAAGGCUCACACAUAAAGUCAAUAAAUUAAUGGCCAAUGAAAAGGAAUUAGUGCUAGAGAAUGAACGCCUUAAGCACCGAGGAGUAACAUCAAAAAAAGGUAAAAUUCCAACAAAAGUUGAUACUCUGAUUAAAACUUUGGAAGAAGAUAGAAAUUAUUAUCGUGAUCAAGCUGCCAGUCUUCAAAAACUUAUCCAAAGUGAUCCAAUGUCUCGAAGCAUGAGUCCUACCAAAAAUGGACCUGAAAUGAAACCAAGAACUUCCAGAUCUACCAGCCCUGUCAAGGAACUUACCUCUUUACCAGACAAACUGAAUAAAAAGACAAUUUCACACUAUGAGCGUAUUUGCCAGUUGCUUGAGCAAGAAAGGGAUUAUUUUAAAUCUGAGUAUGAGCAACUGAAAGCACUUAGACGGAGCCCCAGUCCAGUACGGGUGCCUUCCAAUAAAAACCAAAAUGCAUAUGAUUUGGAAUUGCAGAAAGUAUGUGAAGAAAGGGACAAAAUGAAAGAAAUGUUGGAGAAGUUUGAACGACAUAUGAAUGAAAUCCGUGCCAAUGUGAAAGUUCUCACUAAAGAACGAGACAGUUUGAGCGACAUGUAUGAAGAGUCAAAAGCAGAGUUGCAGAAGUUGCGUAGGGAAAUGGUCCGUUCACCCAGGUCUCCCAAAACCUCUUUGGCAGCUCAGGCAGUUCUACGCCAGGUGGAAAAUGAAAGAGAUGAUGCUACUGCAGAAUUGCAAAGAAUCACCACUGAAAGAGAUAGUCUACGAGAAAGGCUCAAGCUUUCCACAGAAACAGCCCUGUCUGAACGUGCCCAUUUGGAGCAGAAGGUGGAAGAUCUAGAUGGACAACUUAAAAUUGCAUCUGUAGAGAGAGAUGAACUGCAAAUGAGAGUUAAAAACCUGAAGGAUGAUAUCCUAAAUUUGGAAGAACGGAUAAAGAAUCAAGCUUUACAAAUCCAAGAAGCACAAGAAGAUGCUUCUAAACAGAGAAUGACUUCCACUCAAAUGAGGCUUCUUGCCGAAGAGGCAGAGAGAUCAAUGGCUGAAAUGCAACGCAGGCUGAAUGCCCGAGAAGAUGAUGUUCUGAGUGCCAACCACAAGACUUCCCACCUGGAAGAGAAGGUACAAGAAGUACAGAAAGUGUCUAAUCAGAAUCUUAAUGAAAUCAACCAGCUAAGGUCUACAAUCAGUGUAAUGGAUAGGGAAAAAGACUCUCUGCAGAUGACUAUUGAUGAUAAAACUGAACGCCUGGCAGUACUUAAUGAAGAAAUUAUGGUCAAGGAACGAUUUUUAAGUGAACUGAAAGCACAAGUGAGCCAAUUGGAAGCCCAAUUAGACCAUGUCAACAGUAACCUUACCUUGAAAGAACGAGAAAUUAAAAGUAUUAAACGUCAACUGGAGACAGCUUCAGAGGACCUGACUGAAGCAAGUCGUGCAAAAGAAUUGGCUGUACGUGAGAAUAAACAUUUACAGGAGGACUUAACAGUCAUGACAAGUGAGAAUCAGAAUUUGAACCAUGACCUGCAGGAAACCUUAGAAGAGAAAGAAAUACUAAAAAACCAAGUCCAGAGCUACAUUUUAGAAGUUCAACGUGUUGAAGACUUAUUAGCUUCAAAGGAACAAGAGCGUUCAGACUUAUUAGAUCAGUAUCGCACACUGUCUGCAGAAGCAGAACACUAUCAGAACACCAACCAUCAACUGGAGAGUGAAGGAUCUAAUCUUCGUCUAGAGAUUCUGACUAGGGAGUCUGAAAUUAGAAUGCUGAAAGAAAAAACUGAGAGAAUGGACCAUGAACUUCAGGAACAUCUGGGUGCGCAGCAAGCCUAUGAGAUUCAAGUGUCCAAUCUGACUCGUACAUUGUCCAAUUUGGAAGAGAAUUUGCAACAGUGUGAAGAUGAAAAGAAGACCCUGUCACAAGACAUUAGUGCUGUUCGUGAUCUUUGCUGCAGACUGGAAGCAUCUAAAGAAUCAUUGCAAAGACAAUUGAAUGCUAUUUCUGUUGAGAAAGAACAGCUUCUGGCUCAAAUUGAUGACAUGAAACAAGAGACAGACACCAUAAGAAGUCAGUUGACUUCAGAACGUGCUAGUGUGAAGAAUCUUGAAGAUUUACUGCAAAACAAUCGUGAGAAAGAAUUCCAUUCUCAGCUGGAAGCUCAAGAGAGAACGGCAGAACUGAAGCAGUUAAAAGAUAGGCUCACCCUUAAUGAAAGCAAACUCCAAAGCCAAAGCCGUGACAUUGCUUCUCUUCGAACCAGGAAUGUAGAACUUGAAGGAGAUCUUGAGAGAGUUCGUCGACAACUUACAAGUGAAAAGUUUGAAAGAGAGCGUGCUGUCCAAGAGCUUCGCCGACGUGGUAUCACUCCUCCUAUUACUGGUGACUAUUCCAGUCCAUAUGCAAGAUCUGUCAGUCCUGCUAGUCGAUACAUCAGCCCUAAUACAUCCGUUAACCGUUAUUCACUUGAUGUAACUAAAUCUGAUGGUGCUACCUUAAAAGACGGACAUCGCUCAGUCUGA